CCGAGGGAGGAGGCGGCGAGGAGCGCGCCGGCCGCGGCCGCGGGGGGGGGUUUGGAAAAAUGACUCAGUAAGUUCAGCGCGCCCGCUCCGGCCGGCCCUGCGCCUCCCGCCGCGCCCGGGAUGUAUUCGUCCCCGCUCUGCCUGACCCAGGAUGAGUUCCACCCGUUCAUCGAGGCGCUGCUGCCUCACGUCCGCGCCUUCGCCUACACCUGGUUCAACCUGCAGGCGCGGAAGCGCAAGUACUUCAAGAAGCACGAGAAGCGGAUGUCGAAGGACGAGGAGCGGGCGGUGAAGGACGAGCUGCUGGGCGAGAAGGCCGAGGUGAAGCAGAAGUGGGCGUCCCGGCUGCUGGCCAAGCUGCGCAAAGACAUCCGGCCCGAGUGCCGCGAGGACUUCGUGCUGGCCAUCACCGGCAAGAAGGCGCCGGGCUGCGUGCUCUCCAACCCCGACCAGAAGGGCAAGAUGCGCCGCAUCGACUGCCUGCGCCAGGCCGACAAGGUGUGGCGGCUGGACCUGGUCAUGGUCAUCCUCUUCAAGGGCAUCCCGCUGGAGAGCACCGACGGCGAGCGCCUGGUCAAGGCGGCGCAGUGCGGCCACCCGGUGCUCUGCGUGCAGCCGCAUCACAUCGGCGUGGCGGUCAAGGAGCUCGACCUCUACCUGGCCUACUUCGUGCGCGAGCGAGACGCGGAGCAGAGCGGUAGUCCCCGGGCAGGGAUGGGCUCCGACCAGGAGGACAGCAAACCCAUCACGCUGGACACGACCGACUUCCAGGAGAGCUUCGUCACCUCCGGCGUGUUCAGUGUCACCGAGCUCAUCCAGGUGUCCCGGACACCCGUGGUGACUGGAACAGGACCCAACUUCUCCCUGGGGGAGCUGCAGGGGCACCUGGCAUACGACCUGAAUCCAGCCAGCACAGGCAUGAGGAGAACGCUACCGAGCACUUCCUCCAGCGGGAGCAAGCGGCACAAAUCGGGCUCGAUGGAGGAAGACGUGGACACGAGCCCCGGCGGCGAUUACUACACCUCGCCCAGCUCUCCCACGAGUAGCAGCCGCAACUGGACGGAGGACAUGGAAGGAGGCAUCUCGUCCCCGGUGAAGAAAACGGAGAUGGAUAAGUCACCUUUCCACAGCCCGUCUCCCCAGGACUCCCCCCGCCUCUCCAGCUUCACCCAGCACCACCGGCCUGUCAUUGCUGUGCACAGCGGGAUCGCCCGGAGCCCUCACCCCACCUCGGCCCUGCACUUCCCCACGACCUCCAUUCUGCCCCAGACGGCCUCUACCUACUUUCCACACACGGCCAUCCGUUACCCACCUCACCUCAACCCCCAGGACCCGCUCAAAGAUCUCGUGUCGCUGGCCUGCGACCCGGCCAGCCAGCAACCUGGACCGUUAAAUGGAAGUGGUCAGCUCAAAAUGUCCAGUCACUGCCUUUCUGCUCAGAUGCUGGCGCCCCCGCCCCCUGGGCUGCCGCGGCUGGCGCUCCCCCCUGCCACCAAACCCACCUCCGAGGGAGGAAGCACGUCGCCGACCUCGCCCUCCUACUCUACGCCCGGCACGCCCCCUGCAAACCGUUCCUUUGUGGGAUUAGGACCAAGGGAUCCAGCGGGCAUUUAUCAGGCACAGGGCACUGAGGCUCAGAGACCUGGUUCUCAACAAAACCACAGGACGCUCGAAUAGAUUGACAUUGCAGUCCUGGUAUCUGGGAUAAGAAAGAUUUCUUCCCACGCCCUGCUCCUCCGUCGCGGGAAUCCCAGGGGGCCGCACAGCCGGCCCCUGGCCCACGUUUUCAGUGGAAAGUUACAGCAAGCAAGAACACCCCGCCGACUCCCAGCCUGGCCGAAAAGACAAAACAGGCACAUACGUACACACAGGAGGAAAACAAGCAAAAAGGAAAAAAAGGCAAAAAAAAAAAAAAAAAAAAAAAAAAGACAAACGGAAAAAAAAAAAAACCAACCAUAAAAAUCAACCCACCCAGCCAAGAAGACAAAAGGUGAAGACAGCAACCGUUCAGACUCUCGGGACGCCACCGCCGGACCAGAGGGCCAGGCCCAGCCACCGCUCGGAGGUCGGGGCGUCUUCCUAAGUUAUUCAUCUCCUCUGGCUGCUGCUCCGGAAGGUCGGGCGCCCGCUCCCCGCCUCCGCCCAGGACCAGGUGAGCGCGGCCUGGUGCCCCUGCCCAGGCCCCACGGGGCAGGACACCCAGCCAGGCCACCUCUGCCCGAUGUGGGCCGGGCCUCCGCCGAGUGGGGAUGCAGGCGCUGUGGGGACGGUGGGGGGCCGGCGAGGACCCCAGCCGCGGGCAGCAGAGGCCGCCCUGGAGGCCCCGGGCGGGCAGGGAAGCGACGAGGGCAGAAGAGGGUUGUGGGGAGACCCUGCGUGUCUCCGGGGGACUGGGACGCGCGGCAGAAACUUUCUCUGGAGCGUCCUGCCCCGACGCGUGCACGCGCCCGGCUGGGCUCGCUGGGGACUUGGUCUUUCAGCCCCAGGCCUGCCCUGUUUGGGAGGAGAAGUCUCUAUGCAAUUGACCCCCAGCUCCACCCCUCGGCAUUGGAGGCCACCCCACCCCGCACCCCGCCGCCGCCGCCGGCCCUGCUCCACACGCCCCCGGGGAGGGACCCACGUUGCACACACUGUAAGAAAUGCACUUUCCGAGGAAGGGGCUGGGGCGCGUGGAGAGACCCAGAGCUCCCCGGGAGGGGACACCUGUCUGGAGCCUCCAUCCACCCGAGCCCUGGGAGGGGAGUCGUCCCCCCCCCCCCCGCCGCCACGUAGCCCACGGAGGUGGGAGGUGAGAGCGAGUGGUUUAAGUGCCUGAUUCCCACCGCCCGCCCCCCUUUGUCCAGCUGGGAUGCGAAAUGGCCGGGGGCCCCUUCCAUUCCCUCCCACAGCCCGGCUGCCUCCAGUCACUGAUCCUCACUGCUGUGCCCCCCUCAGAGCUAGAGAGAUGGGACUCCCCCCCCCACCCCACCCACGGUCGGCCCAAGGGGCAGAGCUGGGCGUCCCUCAAGCCCUGCUGCGCUCGGGCACAGGGGUGGGAUCUGGGGAGCCAGCGGGCCCUCCCUCGCCUCCUCUGCCAGUGCCUUACAUCCUGGAGCGACACCCCCUCCCUGGUGCCUCCCGGCCCAAAGGGGGACCACGGUUUGCACUUUCAACUUCCCCCCGCCGAAGUGGGGCGCAGCCAGGGAGGUGCAUUGUGGCCGGGCCCCCACAAGGAAAGCAGGCCGGUCACUGUAGUCCACGUAGGCCUGGAUGGGGUUGGGUUUGGCGGGGGGGGGGGGGGGGGGGAUUCUGGCCAGGGGAGGGAGGGGCCGGCGCCUAGGGGGGUCCCCUGUAGCCACGUAGGGGACCCCCCAUCCGCUAAACGUUUUCCGUUGAGCCGCUCCAAAAACACUAAGCUGGGGACACCGGGUGCCCCCCAGCCCCGGCUCCCUGGCCCCACCCCACCUCCAGCCCGGGAUGGCCAUCUUGGGCGGGGGGCCUGGGAGGGGGUGUUAAGUGUUCCCGGGUCGCCAGGCCCAGACACAGGGGCCCCUCCCAUCCCGUCCCAGGCCCAGCUGGCCUCCUCCAUGCCUGGCCCUGGGGGAAACCUCCCCCACCGCAGCCCCCCACCCCCCGCCUGGGCCAAAGCCAUCGCCCUGGGGAGGGCCUCCACAUCACCUGCUCCCAGCCUGGCCCUUCUCCCCCUUUCCCGUGCCCCAGGCCUGGCCAGCCUCUCCCACCUCCCCAGAAACUGGACUUUCCUCCCAAACCAGCCCAAGGGGCUUGGCAAACCCACUCGACCAUAGAGAGAAAGACCCGUCCCACCAACCCCCCUCCCAUCGUCCAGAGGCUUCCAAGAGCCCUUGGUCCGUCCGUCUGUCCCCAGGGCCCCCUCCACCGGGUGGCCGUAGGGGACCAAAGCAUGGGCCGCUCUCCGGGAGGGCAGGAGGGGGUGGGUCGUGCAGUUGGGGUAUCCGGAAGCUUCUCAGCCGGGAACCUUAGGGUGCGGGUAGGCAGGGGAGGGGAGGGGUGCCUGGGACCCCCCAGCUACCUAACUUUGCAUGGUGCUUAGUCGGGGAUUCCUGUGACCUGGCUCCUGAUGUCAGCUCGCUGUGGCUGACACUGCAUGGCAAAUGAUACCUGGCUCUGUCUCCCCGCCCCGCCCCCCCCGCCCCCCCCCCUCCAACACUACCCCCCCUCUUUAAAAAAAAAAAAGAUACAAAAAAAAAACCUUAAAAGAACUCCAUGUUUCCUAAUUUGCACGGAAUUUCCUACCACAUGAUGUGCCUUGCCUUCCGAAGAUAAGUAUUACCUUUAAACAAUAUCAGCGCACAGAUAGCCGCAUGUUCUGCUCGUGUAGUUAAAAAAAAAAAAAAAAAAAGACAAAACAAUGACAUGAAAUAAAGAAUAAAAAUUGAAGAGGGAUGUAUUUCUAUUUGUAAAAAAAAAAGAAAAGAAAAGAAAAAAAAAACGAAGAAGAAUUUAAAAAAAAAAAAAAAGCAAAAUCACACGCUAAAGAAAGCAAUCCACAGAAUAAUCGCCCCACGGUCCGCACCCCCCCACCCCCGGCUCCGCAUCUCCUGCCGCAUUGGGGGUGCUCGCUGGUGCUUUGCCACCCCCAGCCCCACCCCUGGGCUCCAGGGGGGUCAUUUCCGAGUCCCCUGCCCACGGCAGCAGCGGACAGACCUCAGGGGUGCACCCUGGCCCCCCGGCCAGCGGUGUCCCCAUGGGGUGGCCAUCCUGCCCACAGCCAGACUUCAUCCCACCUCUCCUGCAGGCUGGCGUUCCCCCCCCCCCCCCGCCCCCCGGCUCAGGGUCACAUUGCCAUCCCACCCCCGAGGCCCCCCUCCAGCCCCCCAGGCACCCCUUGCUUGUUGGCAAAGGACUCGCCGGCCCCCCCAUCCCUGGAGACUGGCCUGGGGCGGCCUUUCCCGUCCUGCCCUCUGCCCCCCCCACCCCCCCCAGCCCCAGCACCCAGUUCUGUGUCUUCCAGCUGUGACUGUGGAAGGUAUCUGGUAUGAAGCAAACAGAAAACAGAAGCCAAACCCAAUAAUAUGCAAUAUCUGUCCGUCUGUACCUGUAGACCUAGUCCAGCCAUCGUGGGCCCAGCCCGGGCCGGCGGGGACAGGGACAGCCCGGGCACAGGCCUCCCGUCUCGUGGCUGCUGACACUGUUGUCUUUUCCUUGAGUUUAUUUCCUCUCCUUUCACUUCCUUCCCUUCCCUUCCGUCCUUUCUUUUCCUUUCUUUCUUGUUGUCUUCAGUUUCCUUUGCUCUUUACUCAACCAAAGCUGAGACAGUGGCAGACUGAGGGUGUCAGAGGGCUGAGUUUCUCGACCUCCGGCCCCCACCCGAGCCCACCGCGCAUCUCCCGAGGGGACACAGCAGGCAGAUGCCCCCAUUCGUUGACCUGCUGCCCGCCCCCCCCCCCCAGAGCGGUGGGGGUGGGGGGGCCCGCAGGCCGGCCCUGGCUUCAUCCACCAUCAGAACUCACACCAUGUCCUGUUGCAAAAAGACACCUCAGCAGGUCCCAGGGGGCAGGUCGCGGUCUGAGUGGCCGAAACACUGCCCCUAAGAUCUGUCCUUAGGUCCGAGGGCCCGAGGCCACGCGUGUCCGUGUUCAUGCGGCUGAUUUCUGGUUUUUAUUCCCCUCCCCCCAGAACUGGGGAGCAGCCACUGGAGAGUCCCUACCGGGACCCCACCCCGAGGGCUUCUCGGGGACCCCGUGGUCCCCCCCCCCACGGUCCCUUCGCAGCCCGCCCCGCCUGACCCCAAGUUCCAGCCGUGCUGUAGAAAAGAACCAGGAGGCUUCCCGAGUACAUCCAGAUGCCCCCCCCCCCCCCCCCGUCCUCUCUUGGACGAGGACCUGGAAUACCAACCAGGGGGAGGGGGAGGUGUGGAGAGGCGAGCAGUCCCGGGCCCGUCCAGCCGAGGAGAAAGGGGGUCGGGGGUCCCCAGGCCCAGGUCUGGGCCCCGGGCUCCUGCCGAGUUCUGAGCCCAGACCUCCACCCGUGAGCUAGACAAUCAGACCCAAGAGGAACCCCGGAGCGGACGUGGGGGGCAGCCGCACCCCCCAGGCAGCAGACAAUUCCAGCCUCAGCCCCACACGUCCCCGUCUCUGUUCUGGAACCUCCUGUCUGUCCCCAGGGACAGCAGCCGUUAGGCAGGAGCCUGGGGCCAGAAGCAGCAACCCCAGGCCCCUGCAGGAUAGACCUCGCAGGCCCCCUCCCCACUCUGGCGUCCCCCACGGUACUUUGGACUUUUUUCUCGUUAAUCCAGAUUAUACAGUGGCUACUUUGGAUUCCCUCUCUGAGACCCUGGUUUUCACUUUCUUUUUGGAGGGUGUUGGGAGGGAGAUUCCAGACACACAUCCUCAAAUCCGGCUUCCUCCCAUCUUUCCCCAUCUCUGCCCCUCGGGACGCCUCCUGAGAGUCCCCCCCUCCAAACUGACACAGCCUCUCCCAUCCAGCCAGCCAUCCCGAAGCAUCUCGGAGCGUGUGGGGACCCCUGAGCUGGCCCACCCCCACCCCCAGGCGAGGCAGGGACACAGACCCAAAGCCGUACCAGUGGGACUUGUUGCGAUACCAAAACAGCCUUUUCCCAAGCAGUGCCUCACAUGUCUGCUGGUGUGGCUUUGGGGUUCUCCUCCCCUGUUCCCCAGGGGCCCCCCCAGGCCUCAGGAAAGAGGAGGCGGGAUCCAACAGGAGUAAGGGCUCUGGGGGAGGAAGGAAGUCACUCCCCGCCCCAAGCUACCACCCACCCCACAGCCCUCCAUUCACACCUCCUGGCUACAAGGGGACCCACUGGAAGGGGACAGGGGGCUGUGUCCCAGCCCCCUCCGGCCAGGAACCCCCGGUCCACUCCCCCAGUGCAUCAACCCCCCGCCCCUCCGUCUUGGGUCCCAGUCAGGCCUCUAAAACCAAAGUCCCUUCAAAUCCGGGGGUCCUGGCCUCUGCCCCCAGCCUCCUGCCCUCCCACCCCCAGGACCCCGCAUGGGGGACAGACGAGAGAGUCUGAGGGACAGAGCACAGCACAGGGGAGACAGGGAGGAAGCAGAGAGACCCACUUGACUCUGAAGUUCCUUUCUUUCCUUUUCUUUCCUUCCUUCCUCUCUUCUAAAAACUUUUUGGUGGUUGUUGCUGUUCGUUUUCUUUUCCUCCGAGAUAUUUUUUGAGGUUCCCCCCCCCAUUUUGUAUUUUACUGAUAUUACCAGGAUAGUUUACUCUGUUUCUCGCUUCCUGCUUGCCACACACACCAGAUCUCUCACACACACACACGCGCGCACGCGCGCGCCACGUUCAUGAACCCAAGUUGGGAGAAGCUUCGGGCUGGGUCUGCCGCCCCCCUCUCCCUCCCCAGGUGGGGACGGGGGACAUCUAGGCGGACCUGGCCAACUCCUCCCUUGCCCGGCUCACCCGCCUGCCCCCUCCGCACAUCAUACUCUGAUCAUAACCUUGUAUAUUACGCAGUCAUUUCGGGUUUUGCAGACGCGCCUACCUAAGUACCAUUUACAGAAAGUGACUCUGGCUGUUACUAUUUCGUUUGUUUGUUUCCCUAUGCAAAAAAAAAAAAAAAAAAAAAUGAAAAAAGGGGGGGUUCCAUAAAAGAUU